CCUGAGACUCAGAGAGCACUGAGCUCUUCGAGUCUGCCGACGGUUUCACCAUCUGCAUGACCGUCCUCUCUCUGGGACUCGUCCUCUCUCUGUGACCCGUCUCUGUGACUCGUCCUCUCUCUGUGACUCGUCCCUGUGACUCGUCCUCUCUCUGGGACUCGUCCUCUCUCUGUGACUCGUCCCCAUCAUGGACGGCCUGGAGAAGCAGCUGGUGUGUCCCAUCUGUCUGGAGAUGUUCUCCAAGCCGGUGGUCAUCCUGCCUUGUCAACACAACCUGUGCAGGAAAUGCGCCAACGACGUGUUUCAGGCAUCCAAUCCCUACCUGUCCAGCAGGACCGGCGCCACGAUGACGUCAGGCGGACGGUUCCGCUGCCCCUCCUGUAGACACGAGGUGGUUCUGGACCGGCACGGCGUCUACGGGCUGCAGAGGAACCUGCUGGUGGAGAACAUCAUCGACAUGUACAAGCAGGGCAGCACCAGUAAGCCAGAACCUGAGAAGAAGCAGGAGCCGAUGUGUGAAGAGCAUCCGGACGAGAAGAUCAACAUUUACUGCAUCACCUGCAGCGCCCCCACCUGUUCACUCUGCAAAGUGUUCGGACAACACAGAGACUGCGAGGUGGCGCCGCUGAGCCAAGUAUUCGCAAGCCAGAAGGCUGAACUCACGGAUUGCAUCUCCUUGUUGGUCGGGAACAACGAGCGGAUCCAAGCCAUCGUCAGCCAGCUGGAUGAGACCUGCAGAGCUGUGGACGAGAACGGCCGGCGGCAGAAGUCCAGGGUCUGCGAGACAUUCGACCGCCUGUUGCUGCUGGAGGAGAAGAAAGGCGAGAUGACGGUCAGCAUCAACUGCGAGCAGGAGGAGAAACUGGACUACAUCCGCAGUCUGAACAGGAAGUACAGCGAGCACCUGGAAGAGACUGCCAAGCUGCUGGAGACUGCUAUCCAGACCAUGGACGAGCCUGAGAUGGCGGUUUUCCUCCAGUCGGCCAACCCUCUGCUGCAGAAGCUGCUGCAGUUCACAGACAUCCACCUGGACAAUGUCCAGCCUGGUUAUGAAAAUAUGGAUCACUUCACCGUAAACUUUGACCUCCAGAGGAGGGCGCUGGCGGACGUUGACUUCAUCAAACUUGAUGAUGAUGAGAGCGAAGACGAGGUGGAAGCCAGAGGACAGCUGCAUGUCACACCCGCAGCAGCCAAUGAGCAGCUGGCUCUUUCCCAACCAAAGAGCCCCGCCCCCUCAUCGUCAGUCCCGCAGGCCCCGCCCCCUACGCAUCGCCCCACAACUAGCUCCGCCCCUCAGUCCGAUCACCAGAACGAGUCGGAGGACAAAGACGGACCCAAACACGUCUUCUCCUUCAGCUGGCUCAACCAGAAGUAAGAGAUCUGGCCCUGGAGGACCUGGAGGACCUGGAGAUCCUGGAGGACCUGGUGAUCCUGGAGGACCUGGAGAUCUUGGAGGACCAGUGGCUUCAUGUAUAAAUUGUGUGUGUGCACAAAAAAUGUGCGGUACCAUAUUUUACACACAAAUCGGUAUUUAUAAAUAUGAACUUUGUCUCAAAGUUUGUGUAAAUUUACACAAACCUUUUCUGUGUGAAAAUGUGAAGCAGCCAAGAAAUCUUUACCUGUGGACAAGAUCAAAGUCCAAAAGAUCAAAACUCACCUGAAUCCACUGAAAUCUGACAACAUUUGGUUAUUUGAGCAAGAAGCAACAAACUGCAUGAUUUUAAUAUUGUUUAAAGGAAACAAUGAAACUGAACCGCAUUCAUCCUCAGAGAAAAAGCCAACACACUCACACACACACACCCACACACACCACACACCCACACACACUCACACACACACACACACCCACACCCACACACACACACACACACACACACAGACAAAAUAAAGAAAAUAAAAAUAAAAAACCUCACUCCAAUGUAAAUAGAACUUUUUCUCAGUUUUUGCCUCAGAAAGACGAAACGCUUUGAAAUGCAUCUAUUGAUCAUUUCAAACCUGCUGAUGAAGAUAAUCAGCAGGUUUGAUUCUUGAAGGUGAUCAAUAA